CCCUUCUCUUUAGGAUAGCGUCUUGGGUCCUUUAACAUCUCUGUUGAUGGACGGCACCUCCGACGAAGCAUUGUUCUCCCGGCACAGAUUUUGAAAACUGCUCACAUGAUGAAGUACAGAUGCAGUUGGUUAAUUGGAAAACUAAUCUGGAGACACAAGGAUUUGGGAAGAAUCUGUGAAGUAUCUCAGAAGCUGAGGUCAAGUGUAGCAAUAUACAAACAAAAUGCCAGACUUUGUUUCUCCUACGCCAGUACCAAUGAGCUAAAAAUGAAACAGCAGCCAAAGAGACACUGUCACACUUAUUCUCGUGAACUGUUUCAGCAAGAUGCUGUAAAGGGAUAUAUGAAGAGACUGAAAGAAGAAUACAGAGAAGCUUGCAACCAAUUAAAUUGUGCUUCAUUAUGUGAGGAAGAUCGCAAAAUAUUAAGUGCCCGUCAUGUUGAGCUGACUCCACUUGCUGCACUGUUGGAGGAGAUGGACCUGGCAGAAAAAGAUUUUCUGGAGUUGGAAUCAAUGUACAAUAGUCUGAAUACCAUAGAUGACAGAGAACUGAUGCUGUUGGUCAAUGAAGAACAGAAGGCGCUCAGUAAAAAUAUUGCAGAUUUACAAAGAAAUCUUGUUCAAGCUCUAGUGGAAAGGGAGGAACAUAAUGAUAAAGAUGUGAUUCUUGAGGUGACAUCUGGGAGAACAACAGGAGGUGAUAUCUGCCAGCAGUUUACCAAAGAGAUCUUUGACAUGUAUCGGCAUUAUGCAGACUACAAAGACUGGAGCUUUGAAGUGCUCAACUAUAUGCCUGCUGAUUAUGGAGGACUACAUCAUGCAUCAGCCUGUAUUUCAGGGGAAAAUGUUUACAAGUGUUUAAAAUAUGAAGGUGGAACACAUCGAGUUCAGAGGAUUCCUGAAGUGGGGCUGUCAUCUCGGAUGCAACGCAUUCAUACUGGCACAAUGGCUGUCAUUGUUCUACCCCAGUUUGAUGAGGUAGAUAUAAAAAUACAGCCCGAUGAUUUGAGGAUUGACACAUUUAGAGCCAAAGGGGCAGGAGGACAACAUGUAAACACAACAGAGAGUGCAGUCAGAAUUGUUCAUAUUCCAACAGGUCUAACAGUAGAAUGCCAACAGCAGCGUUCACAGUUAAGGAACCGAGAGAUAGCCAUGCGUGCAUUGAAAGCUAAACUAUACCAUCAGGUUACAGAAAGAGAGACGGAGCAGAGGCAGAGCACAAGAAAGCUGCAGGUUGGAACAAGAACCCAAUCAGAAAGAAUACGUUCAUAUAAUUUCAGCCAGGACAGGAUUACAGAUCACAGAAUUAAUUAUGUCAUGCAUGACAUUAAGGAAUUUCUAUUGAGUGGGAGACAGUUGGAUGAACUAAUUAGCAACCUCUUGGAAGCAGCAGAACAAGAAGCUCUACUUGAGCUUGUAGAAAGAACCAAAAGUGCGGAAGAGAAAUUAAAAUGACCAAUGUGAACGUAUUGCUACAUUAUAGCAUUGCAUCCUAUACAAUGCACCCGCGCUUUCCUACUUACAGUGAGUAAAAUCCACUUACUUUAGUAUCAAGUUGAGCAGAUCAGAAGGUCAGGGUUUCAAUUUCUGGCCCAUGCUGUGCUGGUUGAAGUCAGCUGUGUAAGUGAUCCAAUGCCAGAGGUGAGUUUAGCGCUCGUAAACAAGAAAUAAGACAAACUAAUUCCUGACGAGUGCUGGAAAGUCUAUGGUUGGAUGUUGGGUGAAGAGAGGCCUGGGCUCAGCUGUAAUCCAUCCCAAGAUCAAAUGGAUUACUAACAACUAGCCUCUUACAUUUGUUCAAGAAUGGCUGCUUGGAAAAGGUACAUUUAGAACUGACAAUAGCAAUGGUCAGGAAAGGGGAAAAUGCUUUUAAAGCAAGUGUACAUAUUAUGAUUUCAAUGUCUGACUCUGGAGAUUAAUGGAAAUAUUUUAGAAAUUUAAAGUGAUGUAUUAUUGUAUAUUACAAAUCUUGAUUAAAUCGUGUAAAUCUGACAUUA